AUGGCCGCCACCAGGGCUCUGAUGGUGGCCGCUAGCAGCGCGCAGGAGAAGCAGCGCUGGCUGGACGACCUCAACGCUGCCAUAGACCAGUGCAAGACCGGACCAGACCAGACCAUGUCUUACCUCUCCCUCAAGUCUAUCAGCGCGAGCGACGAGGUGCUGGACGCCAGCGGCGCAGCAGGGGACGACGCCCCCGGGGCGGGGGGUCGCAGGGGCGCCGCCCUCCAGCCCAGCAACAGCAGCGUGCACGUCUGCUGGCACAGAGCUACUUCUGUGCACUACUCUGACUAUGUCAGAGCUGCUCAGAACCAGCUAAGCGGUUACCUGCUGCGUAAGUUCAAGAACAGCAUGGGCUGGCAGAAGCUCUGGGUCGUCUUCACUAACUUCUGCCUCUUCUUCUACAAGACUUUCCAGAGCGGAGUCAGAGCACACGUACUCGCGGUGGCUGGAGGUGGUGGGGAGCGCAACCUCUGCUUCUGCACCGUGCAGACCCAACCCUGCACUGCCUCUACACCAGACCGUGCAGCUGUAAGUCUGCACUGCUGCACUGCCUCUACACCAGACCGUGCAGCUCUAAGUCUGCAGCAACAUGCUAGUGCAGUGCAAGUGCUGUGGCAGUGCUGUGGCAGUGCUGUGGCAGUGCUGUGGCAGUGCUGUGCUAGUGCUGUGGCAGUGCUGUGGCAGUGCUGUGCUAGUGCUGUGGCAGUGCAGUGA